AUGAUUGACGUUUCACGAACACCGGAGUUCUCCAAUUGUGGAAACAUUAAUUCAGUCUUACACUCUGAUCAAGACCUGAGCUCAAUGGCGAGAGGUGGAAGGCAAAGGUCUCACUCCUACUACAACCGAGAGGACGUUAAGAACUAUGGUGUGGAGAUACAGAAGGAGGAAAGCUAUCGAAGACCUCGCUCCAGGUCAUUCUACAGUUAUGAGACAUCAGAACUGUACACUGAGUAUGACGUGGGAAGCUUUACGAGGUCCGGUCCGCUGAGGCAGAAGACACCCUCCUCGCAAGUCAAGGAGCAAGCAGCAAAAAAGGAAGAAGAAGGGUCCACUGUUCGAGUAACCCCUAAGAAGUCUAAGUCUAAAGCGAACAAGAUUUCAUCCUCUAGAGACCAUAACGGCAGUAAAGGCAAUCUCAAGUCCGUUUCCAUGAUGACCAUCUCUGAGUCGGACAACUGGGAGAUUUGUUCCAGCUCCGGCAUGAAGUACGGACAGUUUGUGGACUGGGAGAAGAUCGAUCCUGAAUCCGCAAAAAGAUACCAGCAGAUCCUGAUGAGUGAGCACCAGAAGCUGAAGCGUAUGGGCCGAGAAGGGUUCUGGGCCUCGCCGCACACACUGAGGGCCAAGGCUUAUUACCACAUCAUCCACAGCCUCAACUCCAGGACUGUCACUGCAGACCGAGAUCUCUACUAUGAACUGGCCAAGAACCUAUUUGGAGAACAGAAACUCAGCAAUCACCCAGUACCAGAGUACAUGGAGGCUGGAGAAAUACCCAGAUACUGUCUCAACAAAGCAGGCCUAAAUUCUGUUAAAAAGAUCCUCCUCUGCCUCGGCAAACACUUCCCAGACAUGAACUUCUGCCCCAUCCUGCCUGCUCUGGUCUCGCUCAUCCUUCACUUCAGCGAGGAUGAAGCUGAGUGUUUCUUCAGCGUGUCCCGACUCAUCAGCUACGACGACCCCAACAAGCGUUACACUGACCAGACCUUCCUCACCUACCGCGCCUCCUGCAUGACCUUUGGCGACCUUGCCAACAAGUGCUGCAGAGGCAUCCGUAAGCUGAUCGCCAGCUCUCACCAGAACCUUUUCGAGUUUUACUCCGACUGGAUCAUGUGGAUAUUCGCUGACCUUCCGUUCACGUACGCCAUCAGAGUUUUGGACGUCUACCUACUGGAAGGCUACAAGGUCCUCUAUAGGGUGGCACUGGCUUUGCUCAACCUCUACAAAGUGUCCGUUUCAUCCCGAGUGGCAGACGUGGAGGAUUUUAGAACUGACAUGAAGAGUUUUGUGCAGAACGUGGCUCGCCACUGCACCGUUGAGAAGCUUCUGGAGAGAGCGUUCAUGAUCCCGAUGGCGACGCGGAGAGAGCUCAACCUCUUGUUCAACGCCAAUAAGGACUCGCUCAUGCAGAAAGGUGUCAGCACGCACCAGAAGAGGCAGUCGGUCGAGACGGUGGACUUUGGCAACUUCAGCUCCAGCGUUGUAACAGGGACUGAAAUGAGAGUGGUCUGGGCCUGGAUACCUGAGCGUUUCGCCCUCUUCAGUCCCAUCAGGUUGUUCAGUGCAGCUGAACACGGAAGAAGUCUCGCUUCAUUCUAUUCACAUGUGGAAGGACACGAACCAGCGGUGUUAAUUAUCAAAACGGUGGAUGAAGAGGUGUUUGGUGCCUUCCUAUCGACAGAUGUGAUAGAAAGGCGAAAACACGACUCCCAGGGACUUGCAUAUUUCGGAACUGGGGAGUGUUUCGUUUUCACGCUCCGUCCCAGCAUGGAGCGUUACCAGCAGGCCAUGGUCAACAUAAUGACCCGAAGAGCUUCUUCUCAGCAGAUUCACGCCAGCGUCACCUCCGCAGCAACCCUGACCUGCCCCGCCGGGACCCCACAGAACCCCAGCUACCUGACAAUCCCCUUCACUGCACCGUCAGGGGAACCCAUGACCGCCAAAGAGCCCAAGAGACCUAAAGAGCAAGAGGCCUCCAUGUUCAUAGCAGGCGACGACAGUCGGCUCGUUAUCGGUGGGGAUGGGGGCCACGCUCUCUGCCUGCAGGACGAUCUCGAGGGAGGAUACACCGAGCUCUGUGACACAUUCAAGAGCAUCCCACUGUGCAAGGGACAUUUCAAGAUCCAGUCCCUGGAAGUAUGGGGCAUUCAGAACUCUAUUUCCUUUUCUCACUGUUUUCCCUCUCAGUAAAGUAAUGAGAGCGGUCUGGUGACUUUUGCGCCGAAGCAGUUUUUGUUGAUGCUAUUUAAGUGAAAUUGUGUUUUUUUUUCAUAGCGUUCAGAUAUUUAUUUUGUGAAAUGCAAAUUUAUACAAAUAUUGUAAUGCAACUGAGUGAGAUUUUACUUGAUUUGUCAAGCCAAAUGUAUGUGUAGAAGCUUAAAUCAUUUAUUAUGUCCUACUGGACUUCACCGUCCACAUAAACAAUGGUUCCUAUCUCAGGGUACACAAAGACACACAACAAACAACAAUCCAAUCAUCUUAUCACAGAAGGAAUAACCAAUACCAUCUGGGCCAAUUGUGACCACACUGUAAGAGAAAUAUUACAACUCCAUCUGGUUUUACCUCCCAGAAAGUCAACCUAUUUUAUAAAGCAUAAUGCAUCUCCUGUCCCCACACAGCAGAGCAGCACAACAGUACCUGUAGAGAAUGUAUACUAAGUCUAAC